GCUGCCGGUUGUUAACGGUCACGGCCGCACGAAAAACAAUUAAAAUACCUAUUAAGAAACAAAUUAUUACUCGACGUCCGAUACGCUAUCAUAGAUAAUAGACUAUAAAAUCGGUGGUUACGGUUAACGACGUACGUAAUACUUGUAGCCGUUUCGAUUUUCAGCAGUCCGAUGUCUUAGGUUUAAUGUUACCGAGCGAGCACUUUUCAAUCCUCAUUUCGUUUUAAAGUGAUUGAACCGCGGCAGUGGACGUCCCUACAAAACUACAACUAGACGAAUUUUUUCCGUUUUACCGUCCGGACGGCUCGCCACCAAUUUCGUGAAAUAAAUCCCUUGUGAGUGUGUGAACGGAAAUUUAAAAUGAAGAAAAAGGUAUUGUUGAUGGGCAAAAGCGGCUCUGGCAAGACCAGCAUGCGAUCAAUCAUCUUCGCUAACUACAUAGCAAAGGACACCAGGCGAUUGGGAGCUACCAUUGAUGUUGAACACUCUCACGUACGGUUUCUGGGCAACCUAGUGCUCAACUUGUGGGACUGUGGAGGACAAGAAGCUUUCAUGGAGAACUAUUUCGUCAGUCAACGAGAGAAUAUAUUUCGCAACGUAGAAGUGCUCAUUUAUGUAUUUGAUGUGGAAAGCAGAGAUGAAGAGCUCAAAAGGGAUUUAAGAUAUUAUCAGACAUGUCUCAGUGCGAUUUAUGAAAAUUCUCCAUCCGCCAAGGUAUUCUGUUUGAUACAUAAAAUGGAUUUGCUGCAAGAAGAUCAAAGGGAUAAAAUAUUUUCUGAACGUGAAAAUGAAAUUAUUAACAUGUCUAAACCUGUAAAGUGUAUUUGUUUCAAGACAUCUAUUUGGGAUGAAACAUUGUAUAGAGCUUGGUCUUCAAUUGUGUAUAAAUUAAUACCAAAUGUCAAAGAACUUGAACAAAGCUUAAAACUGUUUGCUGAACUCAUGGAUGGUGAUGAAGUUUUAUUGUUUGAACGCGCCACAUUUCUUGUAAUAUCUCAUUGCCAACGUAAUCUACAUCGUGAUAUUCAUAGAUUUGAAAAAGUGUCCAAUAUCAUAAAACAAUUUAAGCUCAGUUGUAGUAAAGUAGCUGCUCAGUUUCAAAGCAUGGAAGUUAGAAACUCCAACUUUGCAGCAUUUAUUGAUUUAUUUACAACCAACACUUACAUUAUGGUUAUUAUAUCUGAUCCACGAAUUCCAUCAGCAGCAACUUUGUUAAAUAUAAAAAAUGCUCGUAAACGUUUUGAAAGAUUGGAACGUACCACUCAAUCCCAUCAGAAUAACAGAUAAGAAAUAGUACUGAAUGCCUUAGUAUAAGGGUCUUGACAUUCAUUCUAUAAAUUUGUCAAUUAUUAAUGGUUUAUUAUAGAAAUAUUAUCUUUUAGGCGGUCGAGCAUUUUUUUUUUCUCGUUAUAAUAUUGUUUAUUAUUAUAUUUAAUAAUAUUACUUAUUUGGUUAUUUAGAAUAAUCAAGUUUUCUGGCUUGAUGAAUCUUACAAUAUUUCUGUUUCUUUGUUAAUUAUAAAUAUAGUUGUUUAAGAGUAUAUUUUUUUAUUUU